UCAAAGCAAACGAUUUUGACAGUUGGGUGGCAUUAGUUAUUGCCUGUGGAGAUGCGGCGUUAUAUGUGUCGAUAAAUAUGAUACUCUAUAGGGAGUGGAGUUAAAUAAGCUACCAACAGCUGGUUCCUCUAUUUACUUAUUUAGUUUACUUAUUAUAAAUUAUUGGAUUUUGCUAAGAAUUUAGAGAAAAUUAAUUCAUGUAAUAUUUAAAUUGCGGGGCUGAAGUUUUAACGAAGAGUGUUGUCAAAAUGAGCAAAUUAGCCUAUACAACUGCUAAUCUUUCUGAUGUGCAGUUGAAGGAACAAGGAAAUCAGUUGUUUGUGUUAAGAAAAUUUGAUGAUGCUGUAAGCUGCUACACUAAGGCGAUUAUGAAAAAUCCAAAUAAUGCAACCUAUUUCACCAAUCGGUCCUUAUGUUACCUAAAACUGAAAAGAUGGGAGUUAUCAUGCCACGAUUGUCGCCGGGCGUUAGAUCUCGAUUCUAAUUUUCUUAAAGCUCACUUCUUCUUAGGGCAAUGCUUAAUAGAAAUGGAGCUGUAUGACGAGGCUAUAAAACACUUACAAAGAGCAUUUGAUUUAUCAAAGGAACAGAAACAGAAUUUUGGAGAUGACAUUACUUGCCAGUUACGUCUCGCACGAAAGAAACGGUGGAGUUUGUUAGAAGAAAAAAGAAUAUGCCAAGAAAUCGAACUGCAAACAUAUAUAAAUAGGCUUAUAAAACAAGAUAUGGAUAAAAAUUUAGCUAGAUUGAAGAUUGACGAAAAUUUUAAUGAACAUGAAUUAAAAGAAAAACAGCAAGAAUUUGAGCAACAAUGUGAUGAUCACAUUAAGGAGCUUAAUAACAUUUUUGCAAAAGUGGAUGACAGAAGACGAAAACGCGAUGUCCCAGAUUAUUUAUGUGGUAAAAUUAGUUUUGAAAUUCUCACCGAUCCUGUAAUAACUCCAUCCGGUAUAACAUAUGAGAGGAAAGAUAUUGAAGAGCAUCUGCAACGUGUAGGUCACUUUGAUCCUGUGACUAGAGUUAAAUUAACGCAGGACCAACUUAUACCGAAUUUUUCGAUGAAAGAAGUGGUAGAUUCAUUUAUUGCUGAAAACGAAUGGGCUUUAGACUUUUAAAAUUUAUUAAAUCUAUACAUAUGUAUUACAAAAAUUUAAUAUAUUUGUAACAUUAAGUAAAAAUAUGUAUAGUAAAUAUAUUAAGCAGGGACCGUAAUCAUUACAAGUUUUAUUUUAAAAAUCACGUAAUAUUGAUUAUAUUUUGAUUUUUACGAUUUCCUUCACCGAUAAUGAUUAAUUUUGAUUAAUAUUACAAUAAAUGAUUAUUUACGAUUUUUAUUUUUAUGCUCAAAA